AACUUUUUUAUUAUUCACUUGUAGGUUUGUCUAGUUUUCUGCAUCGAUGAUCACGGUGUCUGAGAAUGGCCCUGAUUGGAAAGAGAGCGAUGGAAACACCCGACUGGCUGGUGAAGUUCAGGUGAAGAGAUAUGGGGAAUUUCUGAAUGGGUAUACCACCCAGUUGAGGGAAAUACAACAUGCACUCCAUGGUUACUCCAAAGGUGCCUGGGACAUCUCUCUGGACCCAAUUUCCCUCCAGGUUUGCCCUAAAUUACCCCUCAUUAUUGCUACUCAUAAGGGAUUUUGCGAUUUGAGGCAAAAGACCGACUUCUAUGGUUCAUUUCUCCUUUAUGGAGAAGGUUUUGAUGGAACUGAAGCAGAGGCUCAAGUUAUGAUGGGUCACAUGAUAAAACCUCUCCAAGAUCUGAGUGGCUUCAUAAACCGAUGCUAUCAAGUCCUUCAGAACUUCCUCUUGCAACUUGUGGCCUUGUAUAACCUAGAAAAGGAAGCCUCAAAAGUGAUGGAUGUCUCCGACGUUCACUUUUACACAGUUUUUGAGUCCAUUGGAGAGCUGUUGGUGAUUUUUGUGACCCUGGACGGGAUUCUCAGCAGUAUACCUCUCUUUCGUGAGCAUUGGAACUUAUACAAGCAGAUGGUGAAGUCUGUUCAAUCUGAUGCUUCAACAUUUGGUGCUUCAGAGGAGCAGCUAUCUUCAUUUCAUGAUGUCCUCUCUAACCUUGAUAGUGCACUUUUCAGGGAGACAAUACUUCAGGGGUGCUUUGGAGCAGUUUCAUCACCAGAGUUCAGCUGUCCUAACUUGGCCAAGGAAUUUCAGGAAAGUAUCAGGUUUAUUGUGGCACGAAUGGAGGCAAGCAUUGGUAGUGGAUGGGAAGGAGACUCAGGACAUCAGGUUGUGCAAGUUGCUGCUUUGCAAACUCUUCAUUUGGUUCUCUUCCGCAACUCAGGGGAUAAGAAGCUAUUCCGACAAGUCUGGGAUCUCUACCGCAAGAUUCCUGCUGUGGUUCUGUAUGGGAAUGUUGUUUGGUGCUUGGAUGAUUUCCUUGCUAAGUACAUGGGAGGACUUGUGAAAGAUUUUGAUCGUCGAGGAGCUGCAAAUUUUCGAACAUCUUUCCUUCAGUCAAAGAAUGCCUCACUAAGCAAGGAUGCCCAUGUCUAUUCCCUGCAGCCAAUGACAAAGAUGUCAGUGCUUGCACUUUGUCACGUGAUUGAACUCAUCAAGACCAUUGAAGGAACAUAUCAUCGCCAUGCUGUCCUCCUUGCUCGAUCUGUUCACCAUCUUGUCCAGCAUCUUCAGCAUCUUGCUCUGACCAUGAUCUCCUCAGCCAAGAAGCGUAAGAGUGGAGAGAAAAAGCAAUUCAGCAGCCAGCAACUGGAUGUGAUCUCUGCUCUGCAGCUGAACGAAGAUGUUGUCAAUCGUCCAUUGACGCCCAGAGCAAAGCUUGUCCUCCAAUUGGCUCUUGAAGUUGCAGCUCAGGGAAGAACAUUUCGAGAGGAGGAGAUGGAGAACCUGAAGUCCACUCUGCAGCCACUGAGUAUGAUCUCUGCAUUGAACAUGCAUGUUAAGGAAGUAUGUGACUGCAGUUUCCUCUAUUGGCAUCGCUCAGUCAUCCUUCCCAUCUAUUUAACCAAUGUCUUUGAGAAUCCAGGGGAGGUGCACCUCCUUCAUGUAGUGAAUUGGAUCAUGAAAAUGGAAAAGCUGAGUGUGCAAGACCCAGGAAAGCUGAAAUUGGAUGAUGUAAAGCGACGAUGCAAUACGUUCCUCCAGGGGCUUUUGUUUGCUCACACGUUAAGCCAGACUGUGAAGACCAUGAUGAAUUUACACGUGAUGCUCGGCCAGCCAAUGACAAAGAUGUCAGUGCUUGCACUUUGUCACGUGAUUGAACUCAUCAAGACCAUUGAAGGGACAUAUCAUCGCCAUGCUGUCCUCCUUGCUCGAUCUGUUCAUCAUCUUGUCCAGCAUCUUCAGCAUCUUGCCCUGACCAUGAUCUCCUCAGCCAAGCAUCCCAUCAAACUUUUUUUUUUGUUGGAAUCAUUGCCUUCUCUUCCAGGAAGAACAUUUCGAGAGGAGGAGAUGGAGAACCUGAAGUCCACUCUGCAGCCACUGUGUAUGAUCUCUGCAUUGAACAUGCAUGUUAAGGAAGUAUGUGACUGCAGUUUCCUCUAUUGGCAUCGCUCAGUCAUCCUUCCCAUCUAUUUAACCAAUGUCUUUGAGAAUCCAGGGGAGGUGCACCUCCUUCAUAGUAUGUUUGAUGCAUUGGAAGACUCAGCCUUGUUGCUGUCCCUUGUGAGACAUCAAGCUGAUCCACAGUUCCUACUGAGAACCUUUGAGAAGCAAAUUGUGAAAUCUUUCAUGGAACAUAUUGUUGACCCUUUGUGUGCUGACAUUGAGACAGACUUGAGAUUGGAGACUCACAGUCACCUGACAAUAGGUGAUCGGAACCCAUUCCAUAUUGGAAUGAGGGACCGAAGCAUUCUUCUAGCGAUCAGACCCAUUCGAUUUUUCCAUCAUUUCCUAUCCAUUCAAGGUUUGUAUCAAGCUUCAGAAUUAAGUUCCAAUGAGGGAGAGUGCUCACUAAACAGGGAAUUGCAUCCAUCAGGUCAUGUGGAGCACUACUUGGACAAGGUGUUUUAUAAUCACACCACAGUUGCACUGCAUGACUGGAAGACUUAUGGAGAGAUGCGUAGUGUCGCCCAGAGGAAGUAUGGUCUCUUCACAGUUGAAGCUCAUCUUCCAAGUCAGACGCUGGAUCAGGGCUUGGACAUCCUGGAGAUCGUGAGGAACAUUCAUGUCUUUGUGUCCAAGUAUGUGUAUAACCUCAACACACAGGUGUUUGUGGAACGCACUAGCAACAACAAGCAUCUGAAUACCAUCAGCAUUCGACAUUUGGCCAAUUCAAUCCGCACACAUGGUACUGGUAUCAUGAACACCACUGUGAAUUUCACAUAUCAGUUCCUACGGAAGAAGUUCUACAUAUUCUCACAGUUCCUUUUUGAUGAUCACAUCAAGUCACGACUGCUUAAAGAUCUCAGGUACUUCCGAGACAGCAAAGAAGCCUUGAAUGGGAAGUAUCCAUUUGACCGGGCAGAGAAGUUCCACCGAGGGAUCCGUAAAUUGGGAUUGACUCCUGAUGGGCUCAGUUUUCUGGAUCAAUUCCGACUCCUCAUUACCCACGUUGGGAAUGCCAUGGGCUUUGUGCGCCUGAUACGGUCAGGAGGCCUCAACAGCUGCAGCAAGGCGGCACGCUUCAUUCCUGACCUGGAAGGGAUCAUCAGCUUCCAAGAACUCCUCCCAGAUGAAUCCUCAAUCUCAGCAGAGUGUAAGGAAGCCAGAAAGCAGUUGGAUGAUGUCAUCAAUGACAUUUCACGUAAUUUCUCCGAGGGAACUCGGUAUUUCCAGCUCCUGGUGGAUGCUUUCGCUCCAGCUUUUCGAGAUGCCAAGAAUGCUCACUUGAAAAACUUUCAUGUGAUUGUGCCUGCCCUCACGGUGAACUAUGUGGAAUAUUUUGUGGCAACAAAGGAGAAGAUGGCCAAGAAGAACAAGGAUGGAGCUGUUUUCACUGAUGAUGGGUUUGCCAUGGGCAUUGCAUACAUCUUGAGACUCCUGGCCCAGUAUGAGGACUUUGAUUCCCUUCACUGGUUUCAAGCCGUGCAGGAGAAAUAUGAAGCCGAGAGACUGGAGGCCUCAAAGGGGAAGGGAACUUCAGUCCCCAAGAAUGUGUCCCCCUUGGGAAACUCAGAUGAUGACAAGCUCCAGCAGACUGUGCAACUCACUCUCAAAAGGCUGGAUCAGUUUCAAAAGGAAUUCCAGCUGUUGGACUUCAACCUGAAGAGUGCAAGGAUCUUCUUCCAUGGAGGAGCAUCAACCAACAAGUGAUACCAUCGAGUCGUCUAGGUUAUUUGCCAGUUUUUCUGUGCAUCUUUGAUACUUUCUCCUAUGGCACUUACGUCUAUGCAUUACCUGAGCCUUUUCGUCCCUGUGAUGAAUUGUUACGAGUUUUAAUUUUUGUAAUGUUAUUCAAUUAUAUUCUUGAAUGUUGAUCAAUUAGCUUCAGAAUAAAAUUCAUACAUUAUUCCGU